AUGAACCCCACGGAUAUAGCGGACACCACCCUGGAUGAAAGCAUCUAUAACAGUUAUUACCUCUACGAGAGCAUCCCCAAGCCCUGCACCAAAGAAGGCAUCAAGGCGUUUGGGGGGCUCUUCCUGCCGCCGCUCUACUCCUUGGUCUUUCUGUUUGGCCUGCUUGGAAAUUCUGUGGUGGUUCUGGUUCUGUUCAAGUACAAGCGGCUCAAGUCCAUGACCGACGUGUACCUGCUCAACCUGGCCAUCUCGGACCUGCUCUUCGUGCUCUCGCUCCCCUUCUGGGGCUACUACGCUGCGGACCAGUGGGUGUUCGGGCUCGGCCUCUGCAAGCUGGUUUCCUGGAUGUACCUGGUGGGCUUCUACAGCGGCAUCUUCUUCAUCACGCUCAUGAGCAUCGACAGGUACCUGGCCAUCGUGCACGCGGUCUUCUCCUUGCGAGCGAGGACCUUGACGUCCGGGGUCAUCACCAGCCUGGCCACGUGGUCAGUGGCGGUGUUCGCCUCCCUCCCGGGCCUUUUGUUCAGCACCUGUUACACUGAGCGCAACCACACCUACUGCAAGACCAAGUACUCUUUCAACUCCACGCGGUGGAAGGUCCUGAGCUCCCUGGAGAUUAACAUCCUCGGGCUGGUGCUCCCCCUGGCCAUCAUGCUGUUCUGCUACUCCAUGAUCAUCAGGACCCUGCAGCACUGUAAAAACGAGAAGAAGAACAAGGCGGUGAAGAUGAUCUUCGCCGUGGUGGUCCUCUUCCUGGGUUUCUGGACCCCUUACAACGUGGUGCUCUUCCUGGAGACCCUGGUGGAGCUGGAGGUCCUUCAGGACUGCGCCUUCGAGAGACACCUGGACUAUGCCAUCCAGGCCACAGAGACCCUGGCUUUUGUUCACUGCUGCCUCAAUCCAGUCAUCUACUUCUUCCUGGGGGAGAAAUUUCGCAAGUACAUCGUACAGCUCUUCAAAACCUGCAAGGGCACUUUUGUGCUCUGUCAGUACUGUCCGCUCCUCCAGAUCUACUCCCCCGAGACCCCCAGCUCAUCUUACACGCAGUCCACGGUGGACCAUGAUCUCCACGAUGCUCUGUAGAAAAUGAAAAUGCAGAAAACAGAGUUAAUAAGCUUCCCGAAUUAAGAGCUUCCUUAAAACUGUAUUGCAGUUAAGAGUUCCCUGAGCAAGGGCCAGGAAGAAGACUUCCAUCUACUGCAGAGAUCGGGGCUUCUCACCCUGCAGUCAGUUUUCCUCCUGCCGCAGACAAGAUCAGGGUGACCAGUCACCUGGAACAAGGCGUCCUUGCUCUACCAAGCUUUCCUACUGGGAUGCAUAGAUCUGGGGAGGAUCCUGAACAGUGUUUCCCUGGGGAUACAGAUAAUUCUGGAGAGGGAAGACCAUUCUCUUCUAACCUGAACUCACGGGGUUCUCCAAAAGGAAUUGCAGAGAAUUGACUGAUGGAGUAAAUUGCUACUUCUUGCUGUGAAAAUGAGCACAUUUUCUUUAAUUAAUUUCCAGCUUUUGUGAAACAAUCUAGAAAACUUCAUGCUGUCCCAGGGUUUUUCCAACAAUAUAUCUGAUGCAUGAUCUAUUCCAUGAAGCCAAGUGUAUGCAGAAAUGAAUAAUGAAAUAAUGAACUUAGACCUUUUUUUUCCUUUUAAUGGAGAUAUACUAGGUAUGAACCCAGAACCCUGUGCACGCUAAGCAUGGGCUCUUCCACUGAGCUGUACCCUCCCCCCAUGAACUUAGAUCUUGAUUCUUUUAUUGUAAAGGAUUAUUUGUUAACAGAAGCCAAACUUUUAAUGCUAAUUGCAAGUAUAAGGAUAUAAAGGCAUUAGCAUGGUCUGAUUUCCAAAUAUGAAAUACAGAGCAUUAAAAACACCAAACAUUCUUGUGGAAAUUCAAAGUUUCAUGUGCUUGUGCACAUGUUUCAAUUAUAACAGUUGACUAUUCAAAUUAAAAAAUAAUAUACAGGCCCAGAUACAUUUGUUUGGGGUCUGUUACUUGUUUACAAACAUUACCUUCAAAGCUAAAAAUAACAAGGCCUAAUCAAGUGUGACAGUGCUUCUUUAACCAUGCGGACGUGUCUGCCGUCAAGUGAGUCGAGCAUAGUCCAUGAGAAGUUACUGCUCGUGUGGCAUAAAAAUGACUUUCAGAAAUUUAUGAAAUUGUGAAAAGUGUCAUCUUCUCUUUUAAAAUAUUGGCCCUGGUUUUUAACUUUUGGAUGACUCAAAAGUUGGGUAAGUCUUUUCUUACAAGUCAUUUUAAUUGUGUAACUAAUCAUUUUACACCAUUAAGAGAAAUCCCUGUUCUCACUCACAGCCUUAAUCAGAAGUAAGUGAAGACUUUCGCAGAGUCUGGGGACACCUGUCAUCUCUCCAAAAACAAAAUCACUUUUGCAAACUAUUACCUGAGUUAACCAGUGUAACAUGCUUUUGUAAAUUUACACAUUAUUGCACGCUUUACGUUUACAAAGAAUGCAUUUCCCCAAAAUUUGUUUUCCAGAAAAGUGAUUUUAAAAGAGUAAACUGAUGUUGCCUUUAUAGAAAUCCAAUCAACGACAAUAAAAUAAACUUGUGUAUAGUCU